AGUGAGUGAAUUAAUUAAGGUAAAGAGGGGCAGCUAAUCCCCAGACUCCGAGUCAGAGUUGGCUGUCCUCUCCAAACUGCAACUCUUCUUAUCUUCUCUUUCUUCACAUUCUGUAUCUAUAUAUUUAUAUUCUGUAUCUAUAUAGAUACCGAAUUAUUCUGGGAUUUUGUAUCGAAUUCUGGGACCCUUUAAAAGUGUUUUUUUUUGGCUCUUUAACCUGGAAUCUCUGUCGGAGAUAAAGUUGCGAUGUCGAUUGUUCACGGCGGUAAGAUCGAUGGGGUGGUGGUGGGUUCCGACAAUUGUGAAAAGAUCAUUAUUGAUACCGAUCCCGGCAUUGAUGAUAGCAUGGCAAUAUUAAUGGCAUUUCAGUCCCCGGGUCUUGAUAUAUUAGGGUUAACUACCAUAUUCGGCAAUGUCACUACCGAAGACGCCACACAGAACGCAUUGUUUCUUUGUGAGAUUGCUGGACGUCCGGAUAUUCCUGUCGCACAGGGUAGCCCCGAACCAUUAAAGAGAGGAGAGCCACGUGUUGCCGAUUUUGUUCAUGGUUCAAAUGGACUGGGAAAUAUCUCUUUCCCACCUCCCAAAUCAAAGAAAUCCGAUAAAUCCGCAUCUGAAUUUCUUGUCGAUAAAGUAUCCGAAUUUCCCGGUGAAGUUUCUGUACUUGCACUAGGCCCUCUAACGAAUAUUGCUCUGGCUAUAAAGAGGGAUUCUUCGUUUGCGAGCAAGGUGAAGAGGAUCGUUGUACUCGGUGGAGCUUUCUUUGCCUUGGGAAACGUUAAUCCUGCCGCUGAAGCAAAUAUAUACGGGGACCCUGAAGCUGCAGACAUUGUAUUCACGUCCGGUGCAAAUAUUGACGUCGUCGGCAUAAAUAUCACAACGCAAGUCAAAAUGACAGACAAACACCUAGACGAGCUAAGGAAGUCAAAAGGAAGACACGCGCAGAUUAUAUGCGACAUGUGCAAAUUUUAUCGCGACUGGCAUGUCAAAUCCGACGGUGUCUACGGAAUAUUCCUUCACGAUCCGGUCAGCUUCGUUGCAUUAGUGAGGCCGGAUUUAUUCACUUUCAAGAAAGGAGUUGUGAGGGUCGAGACACAGGGCAUCUGUGAGGGACAUACAUUGAUGGACCAAGGGCUAAAGAAAUGGAAUUCGAGCAACCCGUGGUCGGGAUUUUCUCCAGUUUCGAUAGCAUGGACAGUUAACGUUGAAGAAGUUCUUAACUAUGUUAGUGAAAUUCUAAUGAAGUUGUGAUUUUUAUUCAAUUAUUAACUGUACUCUGUAAAUUCAUUUUAUGAUUAUUGGAGAUUUCUGGAAUUCUAUUUAAUGUGUGUUUGCUACAUACGAACACUAUCCGGUAACUAUUAUCAAUAAAUUAAAGUUGGCUAAUAUUUUUA